CAAUAUUUCAAUUUUUUUUUCUUUUUUUUUCUUUCUUUUUCUUCCUUCUUUAGUCGACGACGGCCCGGCCGCCGGUUGGUGACAUGCUAGGUGAGGCUCGAGCUCGUCAAUAGGUCGCCGAUAACUAGUGAAGCUUGAGUCUCACCAAUAGUGAAGCUUGAGUCUCGCCGGAUUUGGGGAGACUCAAGCUCGCCAAUGUCUAGCGAAAUGGAACGCAACAGAGGAAUGUCCGAACGCUACUUCGAAAACGUGGGUCGAAUGAUGUUUCUCGGUCGUUCACGAGCGCUUGAUUCGAUUCAAACCAUGUUUUCUUUCGAAUCGAACGAUGUUGUUUGACUGCUGCUGACGCCCGGGUUGAGGCGAACCGGUUUCUGGGUCGAGAGGAUUUCGGUUCCUCGCGUUUCAUGAAGCUCUUCUCUCGCCGCCGUGGCAGCUCCCUGCCCUCUCUCGCCGCCCUCGGCGGCGCCAGAAGCUUCUCAUUCGACGGCGCUUCCGAAAUCGUCCGGCUCUGCAGAUCGCGGGCGCUCCUCGACGCGUUCCGGCUCCUGAACGCCACGGACCCUUCCGGCGUGAGCAAUAAGCCCGCCCUCUACGGCGCCCUCUUGCAGACGUGCGCCGCCGCGGCCGUCUCGUUCGGCCGGGGUCUCCAAAUUCAUGCUCGCGUCAUCAAGUCCGGCCUCGACACAGAUGGGUUCGUGGGGAACAGCUUGAUCACUUUGUAUUUCAAGUCGGGUUCCGACAUUGGGGAGACCCGGAGGGUCUUCGACGGCUUGUUCGCUAAGGACGUGAUUUCCUGGACGUCGAUGAUAUCGGGGUACGUGAAGGUGGGGCAAUGUGAGGACUCGCUGAAGCUGUUCUGGGAUAUGCUGGGGACUGGGAUUGAGCCCAACUGUUUUACUUUAUCGGCGGUGAUCAAGGCGUGCUCGGGGCUCGGUAGAGUGAGGUUAGGUUGGUGUUUUCACGGGGUUGUUUUUAGGCAUGGGUUCGGCUCGAAUCGCGUUAUUUCUAGUGCUCUGAUCGACAUGUAUGGAAGGAACUGUUGUUUGAAUGAAGCACGCAGGGUGUUUGAUGAGUUGCCUGAACCAGAUGCUAUUUGUUGGACUUCUGUUAUCUCAGCGUAUACAAGGAAUGAUAUGUAUGAGGAAGCAUUGGAGUGCUUCUAUUACAUGCAAAGGAACCAUUUGACGCCGGACAAUUUCACAUUUGGAAGUGUGUUGACUGCUUGUGGCAAUUUGGGGUGGUUGAAGCAGGGCAAACAAGUACACUCCAAAGUCAUCACUUUUGGUCUUUGUGGACAUGUUGUCGUUGAGAGCAGCAUCGUGGACAUGUAUGGGAAGUGCAGGUCGCUUGAUGAAGCUCAGCAUGUUUUCGAUAGGAUGAUCAACAAGAAUUCGGUUUCUCUGUCUGCAUUGCUUGGAGGGUACUGUCAAGGUGGAAAGUUCGAGACAGUAAUUCAGCUUUUCCGUGAGAUGGGUAAUGCUGAUCUCUAUGAUUUUGGGACAGUUAUUCGUGCUUGUGCAGGUUUGGCAGCUGUGAGGCCAGGGAAAGAGGUCCACUGCCAGUAUGUAAGGAGAGUUGGUUGGAGAGAUGUUGUCAUAGAAUCAGCUUUGGUUGAUUUAUAUGCAAAAUGUGGUUGUACAGAUUUUUCCUAUAGAAUAUUUGUGAGGAUGCAUGUCAAAAACCUAAUAACAUGGAACUCAAUGAUCUGUGGCUUUGCUCAGAAUGGAAGAGAUACAGAAGCUCUUGAAAUAUUUGAUGAAAUGGCUAAGUCGGGGGUCAGACCUGAUUAUAUUAGCUUUGUUGGGGUUCUCUUUGCCUGUAGUCAAACAGGUUUGGUCGAUCAAGGGCGAAAAUAUUUUACUUCGAUGACUGAAGAGUAUGGGAUCAAAGCAGGAACAGAGCAUUACAAUUGCAUGGUAGAUCUUCUUGGCCGUGCAGGUCUCCUGGAGGAGGCUGAAAAAUUAGUAGAGAAUGCCGAAUAUAGAGACGAUCCAUCUCUUUGGGAAGUUCUUCUCAGUGCCUGCACCACCAGUACAAACUCUGCUUCUGCAGAGCGCAUUGCAAAGAAAAUUUUGGAACUGAAACCUGAUCACCACUUGAGUUAUGUCGUUCUGGCAAAUGUUUACAGAUCUGUUGGAAGGUGGAGUGAUGCUUUGCAGAUUAGAAGCCUAAUGGAAGAUAAGAAGAUCAAGAAGAUGCCAGCUAUGAGCUGGACGUAGAAUUUAAACCUGCAGUCUUUUGGAUGAAUUGUUUACACAUUCAUUCAAAGGUGGUAGCAAAUCAUCGAAUCCAUUUGGCAGCAGAACGGGACACCAUAAGGCCAAUCAACAGUUGUUGACACCGUCAUUUAUCUGUCGGCACCAUCUGCACCACGAGCCCAGCACAACCAUCACCACAACUGUUGCCACCGUCAUCAAUCUGCCAGCACCAUCCUUGCCAGCAGCCUGCAACAAUCAUCAUCACUGACUACUGGCUUUCUGUCUCCAGAAUCAGAUUGAUUACCAACUAAUCUUUUUGAUGAUUAUGUUAGGAAAAGUCCCUAUGGCGUUUUGAGGAUGACAAAACAAUUUAAGUACACACUAGCAUGUGCAACCGAUUGUGCAGAAGCUGCUGCCUUUACAUACACGGAUCUAUAUGCAGAUGAUGUUAGUAAUGGGACAUCCAAGAGUGCAGAAGGACAUGCUCUACAGAAGGUGAACAAUGUACGUAUUGGACGCGAAAAACGUUAGUGACGGGACAGACUUUUGAAAUGAUGACCAAGGUUAUUGGACGUGAGAUACGUCAAUGUCUUAGAAGGACUGCAGUGUGAACAAAUUAGAGGACGUGCAUCAGAAAGUUUGGAUGGAUCAAUAGAAGGAGAACCGACUAGAGGACAUGGAGACAUCAGUGGGCUUGGAUGGACCUUGCAGAUGGUGAACAAGCUAGAGGACGUGAUUGUUGAAAAGUUUGGAUAAAGGAUAAACCAAGUACAAGGUAUCGACCAAAAAAAAAAAGUACAAGGUGAACAGUUUAUGGAACGUGAGUAAAUAUGUUUGGAGACACCUAAACGUAGGAGGAGAACAAGAUUGGUUAUGCAGACUCUUGGAAAGACUUGAGUGCAGAAGAUGUUCUACUUACGGACUGUUGUAGAAGCAGAACCAACUAUUUUGGGAAACUGUUUCUACGGAGCUGACAGUGAAGUUCUACAAUUGCAAACGACAGAACCAAUGCUACUCGUGGGAUUUGAAUUUCAAGCGUCACUCCAUGUGUAAUGGCUACAAAAUUCGACCGAAGGGCUGUAGUUUAGUGGGGGAAAAAACGAACAAAAAACUAGUCUAUGCUCUGAGUGUUCAUCUUCUCGCUAUGUAUAUCUGGAUGUAUUUCUACGUAGAGGUCUGUGCAUCUACAAUUUAUGUAUACGCCGUCAAUGUCUCGAGACUUUCAAUAGAUGAUUCCAGCCUUGAUUUUGGCUGUGAAAACUCGAAGAGAGUAGCUUAGGUGAAUAGGCUAAAUCACUAUACACAUGCUCUGCAUUUGUUCCA